AUGAACAUUGCCGGAUAUGAGGAAAAGUCUUUCCGAUUGUUGGCAAAGCCGGCUGGAGAAGCCCUUUUCGUGAAGGGUCUCAUUGUCCCACGAUCCCACGCCGAAGCCGAGAGAAGGUACGGAAUUACUUCUCUCGCAGCCGUCAGCCAAACCUUGGAUCAAGCACAGUCACCAACCACUAACUUACUUCCUCCUCAACAUCAUCUUCAUCCCUCAUCUCUCUUUCAAUCGUCAUCAUCUCAUUCAUCCACAUUGAGACGAUCGACCAUUGUCAUCCUGUCCGGUUACACACAGGAUAGCAAACGCCGGUUGACAUCGAAGAGCGAGCGUUUAUUACCGGAAGAAGCGGAGUACGAUUUGGAGGUCGAUCUUCCCACUCCGACUCUGAAGGUGUUCAGGAUGUCUUUGUCAAACCCAUCUUCACCCUCUCUUACAUCUUCAAACCCUAUCCUCUUCACUCCAUCCACAUCUUCAACAGUCAUGCAACCUUCGGUGCCUGUCGUUCCUCCCCGCUCGGCCCUUCGCUCCGCCGCUCCUCCACUCCGUUCUCCCCCGCCACCAGUCAUGACCCACCGAGAACCGUAUCAGUCAGAAUUAUCAUCGCAAAGUACCCUCAGUCUCGAAACAACACAGACACCACAGACACCUUCCCUUUCCACUGGUUCUGACGAAAUCGAGAACGACGAGAGUAUCACCAUUAAAAGUACUACUAGUCCGGUCACUUCUCCUAAACCUGGAUGGUCCAAUUGGGGUCGUAAGAAAAAAGGGAAGGAUGUUUUCAAUAAAGACCCUUUCAAGGUCAAGGAUGGUCUACCGAGUAAAGAAGCGUCCAGUGGGGUUUACACACCUCCGACUUUCCCCGGCCCGACUGCGUCCCCAGCUCAUUCUCGUCACCCAUCCACCAUCUCCUCAUCCGGCUACUUUAUAUACCCUGACCUUCCUCAAUCCCCAUUCUCCCCCUCUCGUACCUCCUCAGGCUCAUCAGCCUCAGGCGACACCCCACAAACACCAAUCACCCCCAACCGAUUCUCGAAAUUCUCUUCCGCGGCAGUUUCAUACGGCUACAGUCUCAAACGUCUGUCAUCCUCUAUCACCUCUACACCUAAUGCCGGUGAUGGCUAUAUUACAGCUAUGAGAAAAUCAUGGACCGGAGCCGCUCAACCGUCUCCAGUAGUCCCCCGUGCAUUGUAUGGCGAACAAUACACUGAAGUUCCACGAUACUUUCCUCCAUCUCCAGCUGUAGGCGCAGGUUUGGGAUUCGGGUCAAUCGGUCCUGUCCCACAGAGGAAUACGAAUGGACCUAGGAGCACCAGUCAGCCAGCCAGAACGGUUGGGGCGGAGGGCCCGCUCGAAGGAGAGCAAAAGAAGGAAAGGGGAAGGAGGAAGCCGGUACCAAGAAUAGAAGAUGUGACGGGGGAGGUCGCAGGACUUGCUGUUUAA